GUUUUUUUAAUUAACGAUAACCCAGGUCACGAUAACCGGUAUAGAGUUUCUCUCUAUAAAAAAAACAACAAUGUGAAUCCCAUCCUAAGAAUCUCAUCCAUUACUUUCAUUCAAUCAUCCAAUUUUACUUUUCUGUAAGAUCAAGAUAUCAGUUCAUUUGAGCAUAGUAUAAUAGAUUUUUUAUAGUUUAUCUGCAUCAAAACUUUAGGUUACUUGUGUUGAGACACGACUUCAUAAAAGCCAAUGUUGUUUAUCGACAUUGGACUUAAUUUGGAAAGAUUCAAAUUCUACUAGAUUCAUUCCCAGAGUGGCAUGAAUGGAAUAGCAUCCUACGAGUCGUCAGAAGAGGACUGCGAAACAGAAGUAAUGUUGUACGAUCGCACCAAAACAAGAAGGAUCCGACAUCAUCUAAGUCAAGUGGAACCGAAUUAUGAAGAUGAAGACAAGACAUCUAUACGACCUUUAAUGCAGGAAGAUGAUUACUUCGAUAAAGAAGAUACAGAUGAGGAAAUCACUUAUUCUGUUGGCGAGGCUGUUGAUAUGAUUGGAUUUGGCUGGUUUCAGAUCCGUUUGAUGAUGAUUAUAGGUUUUUUCCAGGCUGCAGAAUCUCUAGAGAUGAUGUUGUUAUCCAUACUUGCACCAACCAUACGCUGUCUCUUUCAUAUCAGUGCCUGGAAGGAAGCAUUCAUUACAACUGUUGUGUUUAUAGGAAUGAUGUUUGGCUCUGCAGUUUGGGGCUGGGUAGCUGACAAGUAUGGGCGAAAAUUAGUAAUUGUCGCAUCAGCUGUCUGGAUUUCAUAUUUUGGAUUUCUCAGUGCCUUUUCACCUCAUUAUUACUGGAUUAUUGCACUCAGAAUGUUAGUAGGAUUUGGAAUUGGUGGAGGUCCACAAUCAUCGACUCUUAUUUCUGAAUUCAUGCCUAGUAAAUACAGAGCAAUGUGUAUGUGUGUUCAAUCGCCAUGGUGGACCGUUGGCUCAAUAUUUACUAUAUUAAUAGCUAUGGUAGUGAUGCCAACUUUUGGAUGGAGAUAUCUUCUUGCCAUUCUUUCAUUCCCAUUAAUAAUUUUUGUUUUUAUCUCUAAGUGGCUUCCAGAAUCAUGUCGUUACUAUCUCACCGUUGGACUUCGAGAUAAGUCUUUGUCAUUACUCUAUAAAAUUGCAAGAAUGAAUAAAGCUGCUGUUCCACGAGGCUACCUUAAAGAUACCAUACAGACAGCAAAAAGAGGAAGAGUUAGAGAUCUGCUCAACAAGGAAUUUUUUGGAUCUACUUUGAAAUUAUGGUUCUUGUGGUUCAAUGCUGCAUUUACAUAUUAUGGAAUUGUCCUUAUGACAGCUGAACUUUUCCAGAGUGAAAGUGAAAAUGGUGGAAAAUGUGAAGCUGCCAAAGGAACAGUAAAAAAUCCUCAUUGUGGCUGUAAACUGCUGACUACUACAGACUACAUUGAUAUGAUGAAGACUACUGUUGCUGAAGUACCAACUGUGAUUUUUAAUGUGAUACUGCUUGAAAAGCUGGGAAGAAAGAAGACCUUAGCUUUGUUGUACAGCCUGACGGCAAUCUUUUAUAUGUUAUUGUUUUUUUGUACUCAAAGAGCCCUAAUGGUGGUGUUUAUAUUCGGUGUAAGGGGCUGUAUAUCAGGAGUAUUCACAGCAACAUACAUUUACACAGCCGAGUUUUAUCCGACGGUAAUAAGAGGACUGGGUCUAGGAUGUUGCAGUUCUGUAGCACGUAUUGGUGCUAUGGUAACGCCGUUCGUCUGUCAG